GCUUCACUUUAUACCUCAAACACUGGCAGCAGCUACCUUGUGGGCUUGGCUGGGGCCGGAGCGUCUUCAGGGAUCGCUGCUGGGGCAUUGGAGUGGAAUACAAUAUUCCUGCUUCUGGUUCUUGGUUGGGUAUUUGCUCCCAUUUAUUGUAAAGCUGGGGUAGUGACAAUGCCAGAAUAUUUGAGGAAGAGGUUUGGUGGUUACCGGAUCCAGAUCUUCCUUUCAUUUCUAACUUUAAUCCUCUACAUUUUCCAUAGGAUCUCGGUGGAUAUCUUCUCUGGUGUUAUGUUCAUGAGACUAACUAUGAAGUUGGAUGCUUACCUGGUUGUCUUUAUCUUGGUGACAGUUUCUGGCAUGUAUGCCAUCACAGGUGGUUUUGCUGCUGUGGUUUAUACUGAUACUUUACAAACUGCUUUCAUUCUUCUGGCUUCCAUCAUGUUGAUGGCCUUUGCCUUUAAGGAAGUGGGAGGAUACCAUGAACUACAAGAGAACUACUUGCAUGCUAUCCCAAGUAUUGUCAGUGAAGGAAACUGGACUUCCAAGCAGGAAUGCUACACCCCUCGCCCGGACGCCUUCCAUAUCUUCCGAGAUCCCAUCACUGGAGACCUUCCCUGGCCAGGCCUUGUCUUUGGCUUCUCCAUCCUCUCCCUGUAUGCCUGGUGCACUGAUCAGAUGAUCGUCCAGAGGUGCCUGGCAGGGAAGAACGUGGAUCAUGUGAAGGCCAGCUGCAUCCUGUGUGGGUACCUGAAGCUGCUGCCCAUGUUCAGCAUAGUGAUGCCAGGCAUGAUCAGCCGCGUGCUGUUCCCGGAUAAAGUGGCUUGUGUUGUUCCUUCAGAAUGCCUGAUGCACUGUGGAACCAAGACUGGUUGCAGCCCUAUCGCUUACCCGAUCCUGGGGAUGGAGCUGUUGCCCAGUGGCUUACGUGGCUUGAUGCUGUCUGCACUGUGGGCCUCUCUCUUGUCCUCCCUGACUUCUGUUUUCAACAGUGCCAGCACCCUCUUCACACUGGACAUCUACACAUGGAUACGGCCCGUGGCCACUGAGACGGAACUCAUGGUCACAGGAAGGUUUUUCAUUAUUUUAUUAUUCAUUGUCAGCCUGGCCUGGGUCCCCUAUCAGGUCACAUCACAGAGUGGACAUCUGUUUGAGCACAUGCAGGCCGUGACGGUUUACCUGGCACCACCUAUCGCUGCUGUCUUCCUGCUUGCUGUGUUUUGUAAGCGAGUGAAUGAACAGGGUGCCUUCUGGGGCCUGACUGUUGGACUCCUGACUGGUAUGUCUCGCAUGGUAGCUGAGUUUGCUUAUGGCCCCCAGAACUGUGAAGAGCACAGCUUGUGCCCCCCUGUCAUCUGCAGCGUGCACUUCCUCUACUUCACCAUCAUCCUCUUCGUCUUCAGCCUCCUUAUUAUCCUGGGGGUCUCCUUAGCAACAGAACCCAUACCGGACAGAAAUCUCCAUCGGCUCUGCUGGACUUUACGGAACAGCCUGGAGGAGAGGGAGGAUCUAGACAAGGAAUUCCGAGCGAAGAUUGUCCCCACGCCAGUGAUACAGCCAGACAUGCUUGAGCAGGACCAGGGUUGUCUAUGGAAGGCUUGUGACCUGUUCUGUGGCCUAGAGCCAAAACCAGAUCCCAGGCUGGCCCCUGAAGAGCCAGUGCCAGAGAACACGAAGGUAGAUGAUAUGCUGGAGACCCCCUUUGGGAGACGGCUUGUCAAGGCCAGCGGGUUCCUCCUGGUGAUCCUCGUCAUCCUUGGACACAUCUGCUAUUUCUGA